GUGUAAGGUCUUUGUUGCCGGAAAACUUUAAUGAAGAAUGCUCAGUGAAAAUGGUCUUCUUGGGCUUGAAAGGGGAGAUGCGGAAACAAAAGAAACAGAAGAAUCUGAGAUCCACACCUUCGCGAGGUUGGCUGGAGAACAGCCUGUCCCAACUGGACCAGCCGAACGGUUUUUGCAGGCAGAACUUGACCUGAAUGCUCGCCUUCGCACGCUGACUUUCGGGGAGCCCGUGCGCUACACAUACAACCCAAUCGAAUAUGCGUGGGAGACGCACAGCUGUUACGUGAAGACGUACUGCCAACCGGGGCAAAGCGUGCUGUUUUUGGGGAUGAACCCUGGGCCGUUCGGCAUGGCUCAGACCGGGGUGCCAUUUGGUGAGGUGAACUCCGUCCGUGACUGGCUGAAAAUCACCGGGGAGGUGGGCCACCCGCCCGAGGAGCACCCCAAGCGUCCAAUCCUGGGGCUCGCCUGCAAGCAGAGCGAGGUGAGCGGCGCCCGCUUCUGGGGUUUCUUCCGCAAGCAGUGCGGCGAGCCACGCAACUUCUUCCGCCACUGUUUCGUCCACAACCUGUGCCCGCUCAUCUUCAUGAACCACACGGGCAAGAACCUGACGCCGCCGGAGCUGCCCGCGGCCGAGAGAGACGCCCUCCUCCGCCACUGUGACACCACCCUCUGCCAGGUGGUGACAGCCCUGGCGGUGUCCAUGGUCAUCGGGGUGGGCAAGGUGGCAGAGCAGCGGGCGCGCAGGGUGCUGUCGGAGGCGGGGCUCCUCCAGGUGAGGGUGGAGGGCAUCCUGCACCCCUCCCCCAGGAGUGCCCAGGCCAACCGGGGCUGGGAGGCCGUGGCCAGGGCCAAGCUGGAGGAGCUGGGGGUGCUCCAGUUGCUUACUCCGUCAUGACCUGACUUACUGUAUGCGCUUACAGUAUGAUGGUACAUUGACCAGUGAUGGGCAACCCCAUGGAUUCAGAAGCUACAAUCCAGUGCCACAUAUUCCGAAAGGCCCUUGGACUUUUUCCAACAACAUGGUUAAAUGAUAAACCUAGCUUCAUUAAUGUACAUGAAGUGGCAAACCUGCUAAUAGAUAGACCAGAGGACAGAAAUACUCUUCUAUGAUAUGAUAUGAUGUACCACCUCAAGGUUAACUUAACCUGGUUUACUACUGAUCUAGGUUCUAGCCCCUGGUUAUUACAGGUAAUACAGGUCUUUUGGAACAUGUGGCACUGGAUUGUAGGUUGCCCAUAAUUGCAUGUAGCACCAUCAGUACCGGAUUUGUGCUACCUGGCCUAUCUGUUUUGCACAUGUGCAGAACUCAUUGGGUAGCUGGAAUCAAACAGUCUACAGCAGUGAUUCUCAAAGUGUGGUCCGGGCACCACUAGUGGUCCGUGACAGAGCUCAGGUGGUCCGCAAGGGUAUUUCUACUUUUCUAGCAGAAGGCUAUAUUUGUAACAUUAUUACAAAGCCAAACAUGUCUGAAGUUAUAUAUUCAACACAAUAAGACAGGCUUGUAAAUGUGACUAAAAAGUAAAUAAUCGCAUUAAAAUUAGCAGUGUUAAAUAGUACCCGUCAACUGUCAAUUCAGUUGACAGGUGGUCCCUAAACAUUUUGGGGGGGACAGAGUGGUCCUCCCUCUGAAACAGUUUGAGAAUCACUGGUCUACAGCAGCAGCAGCCUAAUAAACAGACUCAGCAGUACAGACUGGCUACCAGCAAGGACUGUGUAGAACUGUUCACACACAUUAAUGUCACGCUGCGACACAUUCUGUUUACAAGAUAAAAGUUUUGUUUGUUUUUAGUACUUCUUUUUAUCAUGUUUUAAAUCAUGUCUUAAAGAGGUGGUUUAUUUCCAUUGUCAACAACAGAAAAAGAUGGUUAAUUUUCACAGUCACAUCAUAACCCAAUCAUGCAGUACAUGGACCUAACCAAUGACACAAAUUAUAAGGAUAACGGUUUUAUUUGUAUGUUUCGGUUUUCAAUGUAAGGACCUUGAGUUUAAGUGUCCUCUACUGUUUUAGAAUUACAGGGCAUUAAAGAGAAAGUCCAGUAUUUAGAGAACAGAAAUCUUACCACAUUUCUAGUCUAUUGUAACUCUGAACAAAUAUCACAGUACAUUUUGAAAUCAACAUGUGAACAUGAUAUUUUUUUCCAUAUUGACAAACAAUGUGGAUUUUGAUUAGAACGGGACAAUAUAAUAUCCCACUAAAUUUGUCUUUCAUUUGCCAGACUGAGGUUGUGUGCCUUCAAGGACCAUGAACACAGAGAGGGAAUGCACUGACAAUGAAGGAGAGGUGUAU